AUGCCAUCCGAGCUGCCAAGUCAGGAACACGGGAGGGAGGCGUCUGAUUGGCCCGCGCCGACACGUGGACGGCUGCCGCCGAGCCGUCGAGAUCAGCAGGGUCCUGCCUGUCUGGGACUAGCGCCAUCGCGGGAAUUAGACGAUCGCCUGUUUACCAACGUUACCGUCCGCGCGGAAUCGAUCCCGCGCGCAGAGCCCUUAAGGAAGUUAGCUAAGGUUGGCUGGCGUGCUCCUGCGAGGCACGUGGAAGCAGGCACUCGUCUGUACGGCGUGCCUGCUUCUCCCAGGCUCCAUUCUGCGGCCCCAUGGCUUUCAGACAUCCCCAGGACCUCCCGUUCCAGAACCCUGUCAGUCCUGAUACUCCACUAUCGCGCCGGCUCGCUUGCUGAUUGUUCUCCCAAGGUUUAUCGCGACUUGCACACGGUUUCUAUUCCUGCCCAUGGCGUUGUUAGCCUGAGAAUUUCCCCGGCCUCCAUUUCUUGGCCCCUUGGCAUCAGAACAGCUAAUCUAUAUUAUGAUACAGAUUCGUAUGCACCAGCUACCGCGUGCUCUGCCGACAAAGGAAUAUCGUCAACACGUGCAUUCUCUAUUACUCCACCAUGGUGUUAUCUAACUCCAUGA